AUGGAGGGAGGAGACCCAGAGGAGUCGGACGGGGAUGUGCAGGGAUCCACCGUGCUGUGGGAGAGAUGCAUCCAGCAGAGCAUCUUCGUGGACCUGAGUGAGGAUGAAAGUCUGCACUUCAGUGAUUUAGAGGCUUCUUUGGAUUUGCAUCUCUCCCAGGUAGAGUCUCCUGCCUCAGGGGCCAGCAUCCAUCUCAGCGGGAGCGCGUUGUCAGCGCUGGACGGCUCCUCCUCAGAGUCAAGUGUUGAGAGCAGUCCAAGUGAGAGGGUGGUAGAGUUCAAGACCAAGAGCAGUGUCUUACAUGAGUCUGUCCAAAGACCAAACACUGUGCAAGAUGAGCUACCGUUAAAGCAGGGCAAUGAGGACCCAGGGCUAGAUACCAGUGACGAGGAUCAGGAGGACCUGCCUUAUGAUGGUGAACUUGCAAGCCCCUACUUCAACAAGACACCGAGCACUGAGGGCGACACCAGCUCCGAUGGAAGUGAGACUAUUGGUGGAAGUCCUGAUGGUCCUGGUCUGCUUGAGUUCUCAACAGCAGAUGGAGAUGAAACCUCUGAACGUUUGGUUUCUGGUUCUGAUGAACCAGGAACUUUGUCACAAGAGGAUGAAGGUGCCAAACUGGUAAACUGUGUUGAUGCGUCCAAGCCUAGCGAUGUUGCGCCACCAUGCCCGAGUCCUGCAGAUAUUAACCAGUUGUUGCUGCGACACUUCACCCAGGAAGAGCUGCUGCGGCCGGGUAGGCUGAUCGAUGCAGAGACCCUGCCGGAGGUGUCCCUAAUGGAGAGCACGAGCUGGGCCCCCACAUGCAACAGCACUGCAACUAAUAACAACCACACAGAGAUCCCUGCAUGUGAUUCUGAGAUCUUCUCUGACAGGACUGAUGAAAGGAGUCAUACUGCAUCACAAAGCUCAAGUUUAGAGAGGAGCAUUGAUAAAUCCAGCAGAGACUCAAACCAGAGCAGUGGAGACAACAUUGCCACAGAGGCAGUGGUGCAGGAAAAGUCUGAAGAAGAGGAUCAGUUUCAGAGAGCCCCUCUUGUGCGCACCAGGUCCUUCUGUGAGAUGAAGUACGGUCAAGGUCAAGUCCACUACCCCCUCCCUGAUUUCUCCAAAGUUGCUCCUAAGGUAAAGAUCCCCAAAGCUCCAAGUGGCCCUUCCAGACCUGCUCCUCCGACCCCCAGCCCCAUGCACAGAGCUCAGUCCUCUCCAGGGAUGUUAGACUUGAUCAGCAGAGUCCUGGAGGAUUCCGGCCCGCAGCCAGAGAAGGCUUAUGUCUUCAAGGAUGAGACAUAGAACUAACAUUUAACCGGGGUCUCAUUUCUUUAGGCUGAGUAUGAUAAAUUACUCAACAGAUUUGCUGAGGCGGACAACCUCAUUGAUCAAAUGAGACUAGGAACCAAUCCCUCCACAGAUCUAAUGCUUUAUUCUGAGUGUGAUGAUGAUCAUCAGAGAAACUUAGCCGAGGGAAGCCAUCUUGGAUCCUUGGCUCCUCAUCUUCACCCGUCAGAACACUUUGGUCAGAGGCGAGGAACGGUGCCGCAGAGAAACACCACAGAGGUGAUCGCAGCUUCCCAUCGUCAGCCUGAGGAGGGUCUCAGUGAUGGGGAAAGAAUGACUGCUGAGCUGAGAGACAUCAUCAGCACGUUCAUGCAGAAAGCGGAAGAGAUAAAAACGAUUGUCAGCAACAUGUCGAUAAGCAUCGAGGAACAGCAAAUGAUGUUCAGGAGCAUGAUGGAUGCUCAGGACCAGCUGGAGAGGAAAUACAUGAGUACGAGGGACGAGCAUAGAGCACUGGAGAUGCAGAACUACAUGGGUCUGUCCAGGAACACCGGCAGCUUUGACCCAGACAGGCUGGUGGAGGGGGACAUAUUCAGGAUAGGGAUGCACCUCGACGACAUAAAGGAGAUGAUAGACAAAAACCUGUGUGAGCAAAUUUCCCCACCCCACUCGUCCUCCACUCCCAUGCCCAUGAAAGACGAGCUGCAUGUGAGGCCCGGUUCUGUCUGCAUGCUCACCCCCUCACCUCCGCCAUCCCUGCACGAGGGUCCAUGUGCAGGAUUUUCCACUUUGACUUUUGAGAUGGAGCCACAGACAGAGGAAGAAGAAGCGAAGGAGGUGGAGGAGAGGAGCAGUGAGGAGAGCGAUGGACAGGAGCACAGCAGAGAGCUCAUAACCGCUGACUCUAAACUGAAAAAUACUGGAUACAACUGUCAAUCACGCUGGUUUUCCUCUCCAUCUUGUUUAAGCAGCUCACUGGAGAGACUGGACGUCCAGAGAGAUGACGAGGAGGAGGGCAAUGAAGAGGAGAGGAGCUCUGUGUUGUCAGAGGGGAUAGUUCAUGGUAACAUCUUAGCACACCCGAGCAGAACCAGCUCAACCUCCAGACAGACGGAUCGGACACCUGAAAGAUGUUGCACCCCAGACAGUGUCCUUAUCCCUGAGGGUGAAUGUGAUCUGGGUGAUGGUGUGAGUCUGGCCGUGGAGGUCGCCUCUUCCUCUCAUGCAUCCAAACGCUCAGACACCCAGGGCCACCCAGCGCCUCCUCUCAACUCCUCAUGUGCACCACAGCGGCUCGUGAGCCCGGAGACAGACAGUGGAUUUGGGAGCUCUUACUUGAAUCUGUCAGCCUCUGGAUCAUUUCAACCAAACCUGCUCAUCGAAACUUCCAGUGUGCGGUCCCACUAUGAUGGUUUAAGCAGCUCAGACGGUGAGGGCUCCUGCUCCAACCUGCAGACAACCAUCCAUCCAGUGUCUCUGAAUAUCCGGCAGUGGUCUGACUCCAACCCAUCGCUCCAAACGCAGUUCUGUGGUGCGGCAGCUGCAGUGGACCUGUGGGUGGAGAGCACCACCACGGAACCUGUAGUCCGGCUACAGGGAUCUGACCCCGGCCUGCCUGCGCUCCUCAGUCACUGUGUCUCUGAACCUGUACUCAGCACUACCAUGGAUUCAGAGGAGAGAGGCAGCCCAGUGAAUUCCUGCUCCUGUAAUAGUGAGGCCAUAUUGGCCUUGCAGUCAGAGGUGUCCAGGCUGAAGAAGGACCUGGAGGAGGGUUUGGUUCAGCUGCCUCACCUCGCACAGAAGAUGGACUAUCUCACCUCCAAGUACAGGCAGGGUCGUCAGGAGCGCAGAUCGAAAACCAGAGCCAGGACUCACCUCAGACAGAGCUUUAACAGUCCAACAAGAAUAGAGGACUGGAUUUCUUCAGACAUGGAUCCCAGCAAAAGCAAAGGUACAGACCGUGGGGACACAGCAGGGUGCGACAUCAUGUUGCAGUUCCACAGUUCGUCUGCAGGGAGCAGAAGAGGCAGCGGUGUGCGGUCUGGGCCUGAGUUUCAGUACAAACUUCAGGAGCCAUUACUGUCCAGCAGAGGGUCAGAGGGAAACUACUCAGUGAAAACUUCUGGUUUGACCAGCUCCAUGUUAAAAGGUGGAGCUUCUAACCGUUCUGCCGAUCAAAGACCACAGCCGGAUGUCAUGGAGAGUUUCUACUCCAGGAGGAGGUGGUCUCCCCUCUCUUCCAUGGCCCUCCAGAAGCCUCUCCUCCAGGUCGGCUACGGCUCCUCCAGCAGCCUACCUGCCAGCUAUAAGCUGAGAGAGCUUCCACCGUCCACGUCCAACCACAGGAAACGUUCCACCCAGUCCGACUCAGCUCUCCUGCCCAGCAACGUGUUCUUCCAGCGGACACUGUCCCCGGGGUCAGCAGCCUCAAAGACUGUCAGCAGGACAGGCACACGCAGGGGGAGCAAGGAGGAUGAAAUGAGCAGGACUCUGGACCAGGCUAUUGAAGUGGCCCGCAGCAUGAAAAGGACCACGGACCGGAUGGCCAAGAGACUGUCAGCUGACCUGGGCAAAGCUCAACUCAACAAGAAACUGCACAACACGCAGCCACUAGGGGGCAGGAAACACCCUGCAUUCUAACAUCCCAGUUUGUCCACUAAUCUGCCAACAUCUCUGAUAAAAGAUGGAGAAUAUAUUUUCAUUGAAUUAUAAAGAGUUGUCUAUCAUUUUGAUUUAUUUAAG